AUGCCAUCCGACCGUCGCGCGAAUGGGCAAAACCUCGAGGCGGAGCGCGGAAGACGCCCUCCUCCACCGCAAUCACCGCGCAGCGCGCCAGCCGAUCCAUACGAGUUUCCGGACACAAGCUCUAACGACGCGGAGCGCAGAGCCUCUGACAACGCUGGUACCGUGGAGCCGCACGGCAUAGCAGAUGUGCCGAACCACUCCACCGAGAACACAACUGUUCCGGCUGUCCAUUCUAUCGAGCACGUUGACCCGGAUCCAAGCCGUGACCAAGCAGCUGCAGACGCGAACCAGCUUGAGGACGACAUAGCCUGGCUAUCAGAUGCGUCUUUCGAGUUUGAUACAAGUCUCCUCGAAAAUCUGUUCGCAGAAAACAAUUCGGAAGGGAGGCGGUCUGUCACCCCCGACGAGCCCAGCACUCAGGUGAAGCCCGGUGACGAAAACAACGUUGUCGGGGUGCGCUCCUGUUAG